UUAAACCAUUCUUUGGCUGGAUUUCUAAUACCUACUACAAGAGCUAGCCCAAACAAUUGAGAUUGCCUGAAAACUUUAGGUAUGGGAUCACAGCAAGCAGAUUUGGAAAAAAAAGUCAGUGCAACCAAAGUUGACAAGGAAGAGAAACCUGAAAAGAAAGAGAAACAUGGGGAUGUGGAAGAGAAAGAACAGAAAGGGGAUGAUGAGAAGACAAAGGACAAGAAGGAAAAAGACAAGAGUGGUAAAGAUAAGGAGGAUGGUGGAAAGGAGAAGAAGAAGAAGAAUCCUGAAGAUAAGAAGGAUCCAACUAAACUGAAGCAAAAGCUUGCAAAGAUUGAUGACAAAAUGAAAGCACUAGCAAUCAAGAGAGAGGAUGUUUUGAAACUGAUUAAUGAACUUGAAAAAGGUGCCACCAACGCAAAUGGAGGAGCCUCUGCACCAGCCAAGGCUUGAGGCUCAAAAUAUUAUCAAUUUUCGUUACUUUUUCAUGUAUAUAAUAAAGUGUAAUUUGAUUUGAUGGAGGUAAGAAACCAUCCAUCUCUUUCAUUACUUUCAAUGUGUAUAUAUGUAUACAAAUUUUAUAAUCAAUUGAUUUGAGUAAGAAUCAAGGGAGCAAAAAAUCCC